UCGGCUUUGAUUUUUUUUUUGACAGAUUGUAAGAUGACAACAAAAUAUUACAUUAUUUACCAAAUGAAAAGUAAAGUAUUGUGUCAAAUCCGGAUUGAAGUGAACUGAUUCGAUGGAAUCAACAGAGGUUUGUCGUUUAUGUUUUUCAUCGGACAACCGAUUGAUUGGCAUUUUCGAUAAUGAUGAUUUAAACAUCGCUGGAAUUAUAAACGAACAUAUUGGCGAGGUAAAUCAAUUGGAUGCACUACCAAAAUGUAUUUGUGCCACAUGUUGGAAGAAAACCGAGGAGUUUCAUCGUUUCCAUCGUUCAGUGCGCUGUGCCCAGCAGAAAUAUUUACAACAAAUUGUAAAAUCUGAAGUUAACCACGAAACAGAAAACAUUUCAAAUGAAAUUACAGAACAGCCCAAUUUUGUCGAAGUCAUCACCAAUUAUGAUGAGCUCAAGUUUACCGAUGAAUACCCAAUAAAACCUGAUGAACUAGAUGAUGCGGGUAUUGAAGAGGUAAAAUUAUUCGAAUUGACCGAUGUUCUGUGCAAUGAUAUACUCGAUGACGAUGACGAUGAUGCUGAGAUCGAAAAUGACAAAGAUGAUGACGAAGAAGAAGCGGAAUUGGAGAGCGAUUCCAUUAGCUCAAAAUCGAAUGACGUCGAUCCAUCCGUGGGCAAGGAAAUCUUUAUGGAAAACUUUGACACAACAUGCGAUAUAUGCUCAAUCGAACUGAAGACUCUCAAGCGUGCAAAUUCGCAUUACAAAAGUGCACAUCAAAUCAACGAUGGUUAUAUCAAGUGCUGUGGCUUGAAAUUGAAACGCGACAAAUUGGUCAACGAUCACAUUCGAUGGCAUAUCAACCCGGAGAUAUUCAAAUGUGGAUAUUGUGAUCGGAUAAUGAAAACUAAAUUGUCACUUUCGACUCACAUGGCGAAUCAUAGGCAUUCAAAGAACUACACCUGUAAUAUAUGCGGCAAAAUAUUCACGAGAAUUGACAGAAUUCGAAAUCACAUGGAAACGCAUUCGAAAACAAUCGUUUGUCAUAUAUGCUCGAAAUCUUGUACCAGCAAAGAAAAACUCGAAGCUCAUCUGAAAUUCUACCAUAAACCAGAUGAUGUCCGAAAACAAUUAAACAAAUUGCGUGAGGUAAAAAAGAUGACACUAGACGCAACCGAAAUUGACAAAGUGAUUGCAAUGCAAUUCGAUAUGAAAUGUGAUUACUGUGAUGUUAUGUUCAAAUCACUGCAAGAAGCACAAUACCACUAUAUGCACGAACACCAAGUAGCCGAUGGGUUUAUCAAGUGCUGUGGUCUGAAGUUCAAGAAAGCCGUUAAUAUUCAAGGUCAUGUUUUGUGGCAUUUGAAACCGGAACUUUUCAAAUGUUGCAUUUGUAAAAAGGAUAGUACAACGAUAAUCGCAUUGCAGGCACAUUUACGAGUGCAUGAAACGCGCCAAUCACCAAAGCAGAACGUUUGUAAUGUGUGUAACAAAUCAUUUUUCAGCAAACAUCAUUUGACUAGACACAUGAAGGUGACUCAUGGUUUGGUUACCGAAUCAAAGAAGAAUUUGAAUGCGAUCAAUCCGGAUACGGACAGUAUAAAAUUGUUCUUCGAUAUGCAUUGCGAAAUAUGUAAAAUUGAAUUGUCGUCAUUGCAACAUGCCAAGCUGCACUAUUUAGAAAAACAUCAAAUACCUGAUGGAUUCAUCAAGUGCUGCGAAAUGAAAUUCAGAGAGCUCAAAAAUAUCAACGAUCACCUGCAGUAUCACAUGAAUCCAAAUAUAUUCAAGUGUACAACCUGCAUGAAAGUAUUUCCACGUAAGGCGGAUUUAAGUGCGCACAUUUCUCAACACAAAGCGGUCGACACGAAACGAUUUAGUUGCAACGAAUGUGGCAAAGCGUGGAAGUCAAAAUAUCGGCUUGAAAUUCAUAAAAGAUCUCACGAAGAAAAAACGGCACGAAAUUUUCCAUGCGAUUAUUGCAAUAGAAAAUUCUCAACGGAAAAGUUACAAAAGUCGCAUAUUUUCCGUAUUCACGAAGCUGAUAAGGAGGCAAAAUCAGAGAUUUGUGAAUAUUGCGCGAAAACAUUUACAACGCGCAAAGAGGUGCUGGCCCACAUUAGGAGCAUGCAUAUGGAAAAUUCGAUUCGACGCGAACGGGCCCAAUGCCAGAUUUGUAGUGCAUGGCUGAGUAAUAGAUAUACGUUGAAGGAGCAUAUGAUUCGACACAAUUCGGAACCACAAAAAUGCACUCAAUGCGACAAAGUCUCACCCAAUCAAAAUGCAUUGUUAUGUCAUGUUCGAGAGGUUCAUUGCGAUCGAAUUUUCAGUUGUCACCUCUGUUCCAAAACAUUCAAAGCGGCUGUAGCUCUGAAGGAUCAUGUGGCCACACAUACCGGAGAAAAAUUAUACAAGUGCUCGUUUUGCCCCGAGGCAUUCAUCUGGAGACCAAACAUGUACUCACAUCAAAAGAAAGCACAUCCAAAAGAAUGGAAAAAGAAGCAGAGUGAAAUGAGUAAAAGGCCCACCAAAUAGUGAAGCUCGUCUGAUCCUGAAAAGUAACAAAGUUCAUCCUAAAUUCGGCUCCCGGAAUAGUGGGAAUCUUCAAAACAAAUGAACAAACAAUCGAAACAAAUGUAACAAUAAGCAUACAUACAAACUUCCAUCAAAUGUAGGGCAAUAGAUUAAAUUCACAUCAAUUUUGUUGGAGCUGAAAAUAAAUGUUAAAUGAUAAAUAGAAGUAAUGAAGGCGACAAGAAAAAAUCAGCAUUUCUUCUUUUUGUGACAUUUCAUAGAUUUAUUUUAAAUGAUUUAUUAUUCAAAGAAAUGACUUCACUCAAGUUAUUGGUUUUAUUUGCAGAAAAUCAACGAUGAAAUUGAAUAAAAUUCCGAAAGAGGGAGAGAGAAAGAGAGCUAGAGAGAGAGUGAAAGUAAAACCAAAUGUUCGAAGAUUUUUGAUUUAACAAAUUGAGGGCGAUUGGGCCCAAGGCAUUUGUAAGCCAAAAUAAACUCUUAUAAAGAGGAAGAAAUCGGGUUGCUGAUGAAGUUGCCGUUGAGGCGCGUAUUCCACCCGAAAUACAAAUAUUCUUCGCAUAGUUGAAUAUCGAAAUAAAUAAAACACAAAGCACGUUCAAAUCGAAAAUCUUCGACCAUUUUGUUUGGCUUUCUUUCUCUCUCACUCUCUCAAUGCCAAUGGAUUAGCCAAAGGAAUAUUCCCCAUCAUGUGUUCGUGGACAUUAUUUUCACAAAAAUAACAGUUUUCUAAGACCAAAAUGUCGUCAGAGGUCUAUUUCACGUGUUUUCCAAACAAAAAUGUCAUUUUCAGUGAAAAUAGAGCAAAUUGCAAAAUUCACAAA